AGAACUUACAGACAGCCAAUAUCACCUUACACCUCACCAAAACCUCAUCACAGUCAACAUGGCCGCCUGGUUUGCCGAUGUUGAGACUUGUCGACCUGCCUUUGAUGUGAAAUCCACACCUCGCAUCACCCACGGCCUGCGAUUCCCCGAUGCAUGCGCUCAACACAUCAAUGGCGAUUUGGCUUGUAAUUCAGUCUUUGUUAUCGCCUCGGCAAGCCUGUCACGCAACACCGAUGCACUCGACAGACUGACUGAUGCUCUGGGAGACAAGGUGGCUGGUGUUCAUGUCGGCGUCAGUUCACAUACCCCCAUUGACGAGGUCGCCGCCAUUGUGGCCAAAGUAAAGGACCUACAUAUCGACUGUCUCGUCUGCUUGGGUGCCGGAAGUAUCACGGAUGCCGCCAAAGUAAUUCGCUUUGCCCUCGCAAACACCGCCUUCACAGUAGCUGACAUCCGUACCCUGCGGGGCGCCCGGCCACACAAACACAACUUGCCGAGUAUUACGCUUGUUUGUAUCCCGACGACGUUGUCUGGAGGCGAAUAUCAAGGCAUAGCCGGGGUCACGGAUAAUGAGACACGAGAAAAGAUGCUUUUUGAUCCCAUUCGUGACCCGGAUCUGGUCAUACAGGAUCCCGAGCUCUGCUCAACAACACCGCAACGAAUAUGGCUAAGCACGGGCAUACGAUCAGUCGAUCAUUGCGUCGAAACAUUGUGCUCAUUACAAAGCAAUGACACGGCCGACGACUACGCUCGCCGCGGGCUACCCAGGCUAGUCGAAGCAUUGAUUCACUGCAAAGAAGACGCGCGAAAUCUCGAGGCCAUUCACCAAUGCCAAGUUGCCGUCACCGACGCCAUGCGUGCAGUCUCGUGCGGUGUACCCAUGGGCGCGAGCCAUGCAGUUGGUCAUCAGCUUGGCCCCCUCGGUGUGCCCCAUGGCGAGACCAGCUGUAUCAUGCUACCAGCAGUAUGCUCUUUUAACACGCAAGAGCCUGCCAAUUUGCAGAAACAGGCCCAGAUUGUUCGAAUACUCCUAGACACGCCUGCGAUUUCAGGCCUCUUGAAAACCAAGGGGGUUGAUCCAGCAAAUGCGCAGCUUGCGGAGAUACUGGACAUUUUUCUACGUCACCUAGGCAUGCCGCGCACCCUGAAAGAAGUCGGUAUCGAGGGAGGCGAGAAGCUGCGGCAGUUGGCCAAGAACAGCUUACAAGAUCACUGGAUCAAGACGAAUGCGAUUCCCAUCACCGAAGAAAGCCAGAUGAUGGAGUUGUUGGCACUGGUUACCUAGCUUAUCCAUCUAAACAACAUACCCAUACACAGAUUUAGAGUUACACGUUGGCAAUCCACAGGUACUGAAAGAACCGUGUUCAAUUAGCUACCCAGACGAAAGUUGCCUCUUCAUGUGACCCACCCAGGCUUCCCACCGAGAUGUACAAGGUCAACUUGGUUUCGCGCCACAUUGAUCAAGAGCCGGAACAUUGUGGCUUGUUACUUUGCAUGAUUCUGGACGUGCUGUGGGACAUGUGGGUGAGGUGGAGCAUGCGGGUUUGGCGGAGACGCGGGGAAGGUGGGACAUGUGGGUCAGUUGUCGUACCAAGCCGGACUACGUCCCGUCUUAAUUCAUUGAUUGACGGUGGUCUCAGACUGUUGUGGAUGCGUAGCAUGUAUCUCGGCAGUUAAUCGUCUAUCAGUAACGAUGACAAUGACACCGGGAGCGGGG